UAGUACUGUUUUAUAAUCUGACGAGUCAAGUCGUGCUGCCUCUCCACGCUCUCUGCCGCUACGUGUCCGCCAGCCAGAGCCAGAGCAGAGCAGAGCAGAUCGGUGUUGUGUCCGGUGCGAGACCUGUGUGUGGGAUCGUUGCAUGAUCAGUUCAGUCGCUAAAUCGCCGCGUGCUCGACAGCGCGUCCUCUAGAAAGCCGCCACCACCACCACCACCACCGCUGAGUGGUCUCGUGCCCAACCUGCCCCUCGACGAAAAAGGGUUUACAAAAUUAUCACUGUGUAUGCUUUUGAUUCAAUCUCUUUAGCAUAUCGGAGUUUGGAAAAGUCACUUUAACUGGGCUUAGCAACGGCCAAGUCCCACCAUCAGCUUGAGGGUGCUCUAUCAUACCCAAGGGGGUUCUUUCAGCCCUAAAGCCCAACCAUGACGCGACCCAAGCAAAAUGAUAGCAAAUUCAAGGCGUUCAUGCGGGAGAAUGUCCUCACCAUGGCCACCGUGAUCGGUGUCUUUGCGGGCGGCCUGGUGGGGUUCAUCAUCAAGAACAGCACCGGGGAGUGGACCAAGCGUGAGAUUAUGUACAUAUCAUUUCCGGGAGAGAUCUUUUUGCGCAUGCUGAAGUGCUUGAUUGUGCCGCUGUUGGUGUCGUCGAUAACCAGUGCCAUUGGUGGACUCGACCUGAGCAUGUCCAGCAAGAUAGCCACCAGAGCCAUCACAUACUACUUUGUGACCACCAUAUCGGCUGUGGUUUUGGGCAUUUGUCUGGUGACCACACUGCGUCCCGGCCAGGGAGCCAAGAUUGUGGAAACCCAUACGGAGAGCGUCGAUAAGGCAUCCAAGGUGCUGACCCCAGACACGCUAAUGGAUCUGGUGCGAAACAUGUUUACGGACAACAUCAUCCAGUCCACCAUGUUCCAGUAUCGCACUGAGAUCUUUGAGAACACCAGCAUUAGCCCAGCACAACCCAUGGAAGCCUGGCAGUUCAAGUCUUCCCAACGCGAGGGCUCCAAUGUCCUGGGUCUGGUCAUGUUCAGCGUGAUCCUGGGCACCACCAUCGGCAGGAUGCGUGAGAAGGGGCAACUGCUGCAGGAUUUCUUUACCACAUUGAGCGAGGCAAUGAUGACAAUCACCUCAUGGGUGAUCUGGAUUUCCCCUCUGGGUGUGGCCUUCCUGAUAGCCGCCAAGAUCAUUGAGAUGGAGUCCAUUGCGGCGACUAUACAAUCGUUAGGCUGGUAUUUCAUAACGGUUAUGAUUGGUCUCUUCUUGCAUGGAUUCGGUACCAUUGCUGUGAUCUUUUUCUUGGGCACACGACGCCUUCCGUAUAGGUAUAUUGCAAAGCUCAGUCAGGUGCUGGCCACUGCAUUUGGCACUGGCUCCAGCUCGGCCACCAUGCCGCUGACCAUCAAAUGUCUGGACAACAUGGGCAUCGAUCCGCGCGUCACCCGAUUCGUCAUCCCCGUGGGAGCCACCAUCAACAUGGAUGGCACUGCUCUCUAUGAGGCUGUGGCCGCACUCUUCAUCGCCCAGUACCGUGAGAUGAGCUACUCCUUUGGUACCAUUGUGGCGGUGAGCAUAACAGCAACGGCUGCCUCGAUUGGAGCCGCUGGCAUUCCGCAGGCGGGUCUCGUCACCAUGGUCAUGGUGCUGGACACUGUGGGCCUGGAGCCGAAGGAUGUGUCCCUCAUCAUAGCUGUCGAUUGGCUACUGGAUCGCUUCCGCACUACCAUCAAUGUGAUGUGCGAUGCCCUGGGCACUAUUUUGGUUAAUCACCUGUCGAAGAACGAUCUGGCUAGCGUGGAUAGGCUGAAUGCCGAGCCCCAUGAGCUCCUCGAGCUGGGGGCCAAUGGACACGAGAUGAAGGAAUGAAGGCAGUCUUCGCUUGGCGCCUAUAAUCGCAAACGAUGAGUGGACAUGUCCCGGUUGUGGGCCUGGUUCCACAUCCUUCCCCGCCAGGAUAGCGACAGCGACGACUACGACGAUGAGGAGUUUUAAGGUCGAUCGCUGGACGGGUAUCUGUGGGUGGGGGGACUCGGACUCCAUCAGUUUUGUUUGCGGAUAAUUAUGGGCGACCAAGACGCAUCUAAUUUCCAGAUUGAUCAAUUUGCAGCAGCUCCUCGAAGCCACAAGCAAGAACAGCAGAGGUCUGCCAGAGUACAAGUACUAAACACAGCAACGAAUUUAAGCCAGACACUAAUUCGUUAAUUAGUUUGUUUUUUCCCCCACUAAGCAGAACAGAAUUAAGAUACAUUUAUCGUCUAAAUUAGCAGUACUUUCAAGGUGUAAAUAAUUUUUAAAUACUUAUGUAUAACUAUAUUAAAUUGAGUUCAAAUUUGCAUUACAUUCUCCCCCAUAUAUGAUUAGUAUUAAACAACAGUAACCGAAACUAAAUGAAAGGAGAAACCAAAUUAGUUCUAUUCAAAUUCCAAUCUCCAAUCACCAAUCACCAAUCUCCAACUCCAACAUCAAGCAAAUGCAUUUUGUUAGGUCGCAAAAAACUGUUGUUGAUCAAAUGAGAUUCGUAUUCUAGUAUUUGUUAAAUGAUAUUCUAUAAAGUUUUCUGCCAUAGCAAACAAUAAAAAAAAAGACAACAAAAGAAAUCUAGAAGAUAGUCAAGACGAUAACCAAUUUAAAUACAAUUUAAAAUACAAUUAAAUUCGAAUCGGAAAAUCAGAAUUUCAAAUGCCGUUACAAGUUCGUGUUCAUAGUUUGAGCUUUGUAAAUACUUAAUAGAUUAAGUAUACAUACACAUUAAACGGAAGAUAUUUAAUAUACAUAAUAUUUAAAGCGUGCGAAAACAAAUCAAAUGAAUUCUUGAAUGACAAUAAUAGAGUGCUGCAAUCAGACAGGACAGUCAAUUUAUACGCGUAACGAAUUAUUUAUUACAAUAUUAUUAAACUAAAUUUAAAUUAGGUCACACCAUUGCAACAAAAAUAUAAAACGAAUAGAAACCAA